CAAGUCUGUCCCCAUCCGUUUCCCGAAGGUGUUGCUGUCGACCCUUCUUGUCACCUUACAACUACGGAUUGACCUCACACAACCUUCACUUCCAGCUUCGACAUUGUGGCCUGACAUCCUCCCUUCUUUGAUACCCAGCAAAACAGAGCUUUCCCAUUCUGAAUCUCUAGCGUCCUCACCAGCUCACCUUUGGGUCUGUGAAGCGGCCGUCAGCACGAUCUCGUUCGCCAGACAGUCGCCCGAACACUCUCCAGGGCCCAAUCCGCCCGUUGACGGAGGACCCAAUCUCACGCGAAAACAGGUUCUGACGCCUCAGGCUUCAAUACCGAAAAGCCUUGAGCAGCCGCUGAAACGAUGCCGUUUCGACACCUUUAUUCAGGCCAACAUGGCUCUCAUGACUUUCAAAACCAGGGUCAUACCCAACAACUAGCCAUUGUUGAUCCCGACUCACUCGAUUACACCGGGUGGCAUGAGAUGGACUUUACCACAGGCCCCCUCACUUCCUCCACGACCGCCUCCAAUCCUCAGCAGGUACAGGGUCCAAAGUACUCGACCAACAUGGACACCGAUAUUGACCCUCUGGCCUAUCUACGGUCGACCCGACGACACAACUCCACCGGGUCUAAUCAUCAGCAGUCGCCUCUCUCAGGAGACCUCUUUACCACGGGGCCGUUCAGCUACUCUCAACUUCUCAAUAUGGACGCUGAUCUUACGUCGCUGGAUCAGUCGAGCAUGAGCUCACGCACCGACGGUGAUUCCAACAUGCUUAACGACGGCAGUACCAUGACAAGUUCAUUGUCAGUUGCUGAUUCUCUCAACACUUCGCCUCCCGUGUCCACGCUUGAUCCCAUCUCGAUCUCAAUCACCACCAGGAAUGACGAAAAGCUCUGCCCACUGAUAGCCGGCCAAGUUGAUUCUUGCCAGCCACAAAGGUGUGGUCCAGAUGCUCCUUGCAUGAAUUUUACUACCCUUCCUCCAAUCGAAGAAUGCACCUCUGUCCCGUGCAUAACCCAAACGACAUCUCCCAUCGAGACCAUGAUCACCAGUGACAGCGUCGUUCCUUUACAUCAGAGACCAAGCCUCAGCUCGAGGUCGAGCACCGCACAAUCCACUCUCCGCCGAUCAUCAGCUUCAUCCAACGACAACCAGAUCCAGUCCGUGCCGCUGCCACCACGGAAUUCGAGGGCGGCUGCGGCGCGGAAACAAGCGCGAAACAGCAAGCCAGCUCCAGUCGCCGCAAGCACAAUUGCCUCAGAUGACGACGAGGAAGGGCAAGCGACCGCGAAACCGACCGCGCCAUCGAAAGCCGACGCGAAACAACGAGCGAAACAAGCGCACUCUCUUGUCGAGCGCAAGUACCGCGAAAACCUGAACGCGAAGAUCGCGCAGUUACACAACACGCUCCAGUCGUCCCACUACGGACCCAGAGCCAAUGAAGAUGACGAGAGCGACGCACCCAGCGUGGUGCCCGCAAACAAAGUGCGCAAGAGCGAUGUCUUGACCGAAGCCAUGAACUACGUCAACCAGACUGAAGUCGAAAUGCGGCAUAUGGAAAAUGAAAUCCAAAGACUUAGCGAUAGGGUUAGGGUACUGGAGAAGUUGGUCCGAUGCGAGGAUUGCAGUCUGCUCAAGCAGAUGGUCAACCUGCAGGUGCAAGCCGUUUGAUUGUGGACAGGCAACACUAUGUGACGAGUUUCCUUUAUCCUGACUCCAUCCUCCUUUUUUCCCUCUCUUCGGCGUUGCAAGGACAUUAUUGUGCGUUCACACAAAGCGGAGCUCGCAACGUCGAGAAAUCUCGCGAAGCAUGGGUGUCAGAUGGAUCUUUCAAGAUUCUGUUUCAAGGCGUUGCUUGAUUCCGGCAUUGUCGGUAGGCAUGCCGGUUGUUGGGGUUUGCUACCAUGGGAAGGCAAGUUUUGAAGGAUGCCUGAGGGAGUUCUUCGGCACGUUUUAUUUACCAACGUGGGACUGCGCAGCGUGGGAGAAGAAGCAGUUUUUGAAAAUCUGCGACGCAAUCAGGGGGGCAAAUUCCUAGUAUAUACGCUGAAGAAUCUCUGAGAGCAAGAGAGAGCCCGGAAAAAUAUUCGAGAUUAAAAAGUACCUUGUGGAAAUGCAAGUACCAAAUUUUUGACACAAAACGAGCGUUUCCUUCAAGUGCUAUCUGUUGCGGUGCCACCUAGUUUACAGAGUAUUCGUAGGAGAUUAAUACGCUCCGAAAUUUACAUUGAUGCGAGUCGGGGAAGAUUGACUCGCAUCAAGGCUACUAC